CUCAGAUAACAAGCAGCGUUGGAGCGAGCAGAGCAACACCACCCUGAUGGGCACCAGAACCCUCUAACCGUCCGGUCUGUUGGGGAAUUUUGCUGUAGACCGUUCAGACGUGCCUCAGGGCGACGGGAGCAGCAUGAGCGUCCCGCUGUACGCACCGACCCCUGUCCAGCCGGCUCACCCAACCCCCUUCUACAUCGAAGAUAUCCUGGGGAGGACUUCUACCACCGCCGCCCUGACUUCUCCUUCACCUUCAUCCUCCUCUUGCUCCUUUCCGCUCAUCCCCACGCCUACUCUACCGUCACCGAACUCGUCCUUCACUAGCCUGAUGGCUCCGUACCGGACGCCCAUCUACGAGCCCACACCGAUUCACCCGGCCCUGUAUGGUCCGUGUGCGUUCGGCUCCGUGUACCCGCUGCAGCAGCCCCGCUCCGUGGGGGAGUACGCGCAGGCGCUGCUGAGGCACGACGCGUUGGGGAAACCUUUGCUGUGGACUCCUUUCAUCCAGCGGCCUCUGCACAAGCGGAAAGGCGGCCAGGUCCGGUUCUCCAACGAUCAGACCGUAGAGCUGGAGAAGAAGUUCGAGACGCAGAAAUACCUGUCCCCCCCGGAGAGGAAACGCCUGGCUAAGAUGCUGCAGCUUAGCGAGAGACAGGUAAAAACCUGGUUUCAGAACCGCCGGGCAAAGUGGAGGAGGCUGAAACAGGAGAACCCUCAGGGCAGUAAGAGGAAUGCCGAGGAGGACUGCACUCUGAGGAGCAGUGGUAGAGGCGACCAGAGCCCUGAACAGAUGGGGAUCCAGAACCGAGAGCAGAGGCAGACGGGUGAGAACCCUCAGGCUGCGUGUCAGGCUUACACGGAUCAGGACUCUGAUGUAUCGCAUGAUACGGACCAGAAACUGGACAUAGAAGAUGAGUUCACACUAAACCCAUAGUCAGGGUCUGGAGACUAGACUGGAAACCCUGAGGCAACUGGAUUGGGCCACAGCCAACCUUCUGGUUUGGAUCACAUCCUGAUGGGGACUUGUAGGUAGGGUGACCAAAUCACAACUUGCCAAAUGUAGGACAAUGUGCAAUUCCAAUUCAAUCAGUUAGAGUAAAAACAUCUAUUUUGCCAUUAAGCUUUAACUUAACUGGUAAAUAUACAUAAAAUAUUGUUAUCAUCAUAUAUAUUUCAUGUAUUCUAUUUGAAUUGAAUUUGAAUAAGCAAACAGCAGAAGACAUACGAUUAUUUCACAGUUCCUCUAGAGUUACCACAGCUUAACCAAGGCUCUUUGGACCUUCUAGUGGCUCUGAAUAACUUUAGUUCAAAUCAUUUCAAACCAUCAUCUGAUUUUAGAAAUAUAGAUCAGUCCACAAUAAA